GUUUGGGGAUCGGGAGGAAUGUGGGUCAGAAAGGUGGUAGAGUCUGGUUUAAUAAGGAUAGCUGCAGAUAUCUAAUUCUUCGUUAAUUAAUCUAUAUAUUAGGUUUCUUUGGAUUUCUCUUAUUGCGUAUAUUUAGUCUGAUAUGACAUAACUUGGGUUCGUCUCGUAUUCCGUAUUCAAUAUCUUAUCGACAUAGUUCGAUACUGAUUGUAAACGUGAAAGGUAGAGUUCAUUGACAUUAGAGUGUAUGAAUACCUCCUGCAUUAUUAAUGUCCGUAGAUAAGCAAAUUAAUUAUGUGGUAUUUUCAUUUGAUAACAGAGAAUAAAUAAUUAAUCUUAAUUUUAUAUAAAUUUAUAAUAUCUAACUUAUUCCAUGACUGGACGUCCAAAAGACGAUCGUCAAUUAAACGCAGAACUGAUAUACAUAUAAUUCUAUUAAAAAUAAAAUUGACAGAUGAUAAAUCAACAUACGAAACUCGUAUUUCGAACUCUUUUAAUACUCUGGAAAAGGUGCCUGCUCUACGAUUGAGAUUAGCCAAAAGCUUUUCAACGAGGGUAGUGCACCCUUUAUGCUUCUUCAACAUCGAGCAGCGUGAUCCCCAUUCAUCAGACGGGUUCCUCGUUUCACCGUUUCUAGGAAGCGGAAGAUAUAAUAUGGGUCACGAAGCAGAAGAGUCGAAAGGGAAGGCGAGAGAAACAGCGGCCCGAGGGAGGGAGAGGAGAUCGCUCCUCGGGCCACUCUUAAAACACUUCGCGGUGGCCUCGCCGCGAUACUGUCCCCCGGUGUUUUUUGUCGUUCCAUCUUAUUCCACCGUACCAUGCACGCUCCCACCCCUGUGCGUCGUGUACUCGCCCUGUCCCUUUUCCAGCCGCUUGCAGCUGCGCAAAAUCCUCCGAGGUGUCUUACGAAGCACACCCUCCUGCAACUGCAGUUGGCAAUGCGAUCGCCACAGAUCGUGGACGUCCCUCCGAUGCUCCACCGACGGUCGCAUCACAAAAUUAAGAAUAACAUACCUAUUCUCCCGGGUCGCGGUUCCCAGAAACAUUUUCAAUUUGCAUUAAUGGAAACGCGUCUGAGAGCCGAGAUAACUGAGGAUUCAUGAAUAAUUAGUGGUAAAGAAAUUUUCGUGGACCGGCGAGGGAGUUCGUACAAAUUGCUCGUUAUCUUUGACAGUGAACGUUCGCUUUGCUGCAAACGCUGGAAGUACAGUCGUGUGGGAUAUCCAAUUUUAAUGAAGAAUUUUUCGGCCCCUUUGUCGCGUUUCCUGGAGAUACAGCACGUUCGCGUUGUUAACACUGACACGGUCGUUGACAGUAUGGGAUUGGAUAGGUGAUUUCACGGGCUAGAUAACGCGGAAAUGAAGUGAUAAAUCAAGAAAUAUGGCACGUGUGAGGAGCGUCAGUCUUGAACUAUUCGAUCUACUCGGCAAUUUGAAAUAGAAACCUUAUGAAUUAUGAUACACGUGUUGCCGGAGAACAGCCAACGAUACAAUCGUGUAAAGCGCAAAGGCACAGCGUUCCUUUCGAAUCUUUUUAAGUCGAAGAAGUUGACGUUAGGUAUGAAGAUCAACGAGGACGAGGAGAUGGAACGUGCUCCGAAAGUUGAAACACCCGCGAUCGUGACGAACGUCUGCAGACGCAGCGGCAGCGAGAACGACACCCAAGUAUCACGGAUUCCGUCGACCUUGAGCGUGGCAGCCGUCGAUGUCGUCGUUGCCUGUCAACCGUCGCCGUCGCACUCUAUUUUAACCUUGACACCUGGUAGAACACGGAACAUCGAUCAGGAUAUGGAGGCGCUUAGGCUAAGUCGCCAGGAUAAUCCCUUCCUACAGGUAUUGGCGAGUCGCGAGAGCUUAGUGGAGUCCGUAGAAGAGUCCGAGUCCGACGAUGCCAUCUUGAUGUCUCAGGAACUAGGCGACACUGAUCCCCUGACUCUGGCCCAAGUUCACGAACACUUGGUGCGAAGUCCGCCACCAGCCUCGUGGCCCCACGCGACUUUCCAUUUCCCUCAUCAUAAUCAGCCGACGUCUGGGAAAAGCGACGUGUUGGCCCAUUAUAAAAGUCCCGCGAAGCCGUCCUCGUGUCGUAGCAACGAUCACGAGAUGUCCAGGAGCGAACCGUACACGGAUCUCAGAGAUCGUCACUCGCACACAUUCUCAUUGCUGCAUCCAACGCCGAUCCGGUCUCUGUCGGACGUCCGUCGACUGCACAGAUCGGCCGAGGAUAGCGUGCAGCUAAUGUCCAGCGAAUAAGACGCAUUCGUACAUGAAUCGAGAUGGUUCAGUAGCUUUGUCGGCGGUUAAAACUGUGGAUGAAUAAAGUCUCCGCUCUGCGGGAGAGUUCCCGGAAACGGAGUGCGUCCACGAGAGCACUCGAAAACUCCUCGACGGCCAUGGCGGUUCGCCUGAAGAGCAAGUCUCGAGAAAAGAAAGGUUCUUCGGAAGUACUUCGAAAAAUCGUAUCGGAGGUGACGUACAGGUUUGUUUGGAUAGAAAGCGAGAAACUUCCCCGAAAUGAUUAGAAAUAUUUUACGUGAACAAUUCACGAACCGAGAGACAUUUUAUAUAAGUAUUAUCCGAUUUCUUCGUUAGCUCCUUCGCUGAAGAGGCGAUGCCGUAUUUGUAAAGUUAAAACACCAGAAUCGUUUUGUCUUUCUAAUUACAUUUGGAUAAGCAGCGAGUGAAUCGCAGCUCAGUUAAAAGGAUCAACUAACAAGGGAAGAUUCCCAAUCGACAAAUUAAUAAGAUUAUAAAAUUUUAGACACACGUGCUACGUAAUUCCUUCUAUUGUAAUUUAUUUUAAGAGGGUAGAGAAGACCCUUCGAUAUUAAAUUAUUUAAAGAAAACGCAACACAUUGAUCUACCUACACACUUCCAAAGUUUCGUAAUUUUUCGAAUUUGCGAACGAAGUAUCUUUCCUUGUAAGGUAUCCUAUGUCAAUGAAAACUGUAUGUUUUCUCUUAAGGUCGCGUUUUUCGCGAAAUCGUAGUCUGAUACAGUGGACAACCGAGCCUAGUAUUUGCAUAAAAUUACGUACAUACAAUAACGAUCACCAAUGUUCAAGCACACACGAUAAGGCCUACGUUCGAUCGAAAACGACUAUCUAUCUUUACAUAUUGUCGACAGAUUGUAACAUUUCCGACUUCUCAAGACGCGGUAAUUAGAGAAGCAUCACGCGCUCGUGUUUCAAGUCAAUUCCUAGAUCCAAAUACACGUUCUCGUCUCUAAUGAGUUUCACUCACGCAACUAAACGAGGGACAUUAAUAAAGUGAAGCUUUGUUUCUUAGAAUAGUUGUCGUACCAGUGACAAUUGCAGUUUAAUUAGCAGAACGAAGAACUUCACGUUUAAAAAUUCUGAUCAUCGACACGACUUACGGUGCAUAUAAUGCAUCGUCGUAUUUACUAUUCUACUUUUAACUCUUCUGGUUUGGCAAGUGUUGAAUUACCGUCGGAGGAAAAAUGCUUGGACACCAUCGGAAAUCGUUAUUUUUUACGAUGCUAUCUAAAUCUUGGUACGAUUAUGGAAGUAAUAUACACGGUUUUUAUAAUAUUGCAAAAUUUUUAUAGAAAUGGCAACAGGUGUCACUUCGUAAUUGUGCCUCGUAAUAAUUCUUGCCACUACUACCUACUACGAGUAAUGAAAUCGAUGAUACUACAUAAAUAUGUUUUUACGAUAAUUAAUAUCGUGUUGCAGUGGAAAUUUUUCAUGUAAAAACCAUACAAGAGAUGUAAUCAAGAUAGAAUACUUGUUUUCAAUUAAUUAUGUGAUAUUCAAGAUCUUCUGAUUACUCCAUCAAGGAUUGUCCAAAUAUUUUGUACAUAUACACAACUAAUAGGAAACCUAUAUUUGUUUAAAAUUUGUCAACCUGAUAGGCAGUAUCAUUGUAAACAAUAUUGUUUGCGAUUGUUAUAAAAAUAUUUUCUUGUCCCGAUCGCUUUAAUCGAAUCGAAAAGUACGUAUGUAUUGCCGAGCUUACAUUGUUGUUAUUGUUAUUAAUGUAUACUUAUUCUGCACAAAUUAUUUUCUAUGAAUGUGCACAUUUUCGACGCCAUCAAGUUAAUAUUAUAUGUAUGUACACAUAAAUAGUGUAUUUGAAUUUCUCUUUUGAACUUCGUUGUACAGGAUUGUAAUUGAUGAAUAUUUAUUAUCUACUGAAAUGAAGAGUAUUCACUGCGCUGACGAUUCAUUUGAUAACUACGUAGGCCUGAACGUAAACAACAAACUAUAUAGAUGUUGUAACGAUAGUAAGUGCAGAAAAUUUUUUUACACAGACAGUGGAGAGAGCGUUUGCCAAUAUCCGACGUGGAUUUUAAUUGCAUCGUUCCGAGUUGAACUAUUUUUUUAAUUUCGUAAGAGCACAAACGCUGGGUGAUGGAAACUUAAUUUGAACUCCGGUCGUAUGCGUAGACCGUAUGUUCUUCAUAUCGCUAUUUGACGAACUAUUCUAUUUGUACUUUGUACAUGAGGUUGUCUAGAAAAUACUUCAAAAACUAUUGUGAAAGAAAUGAAUAGCAGUUUCUUAAAAUCGACACUGCAAUUAGAACAGAGUUGAAUAUGAACUCUGUAUAAAAUUUUGCAUGAAAUAAAGAUGACUAGAGACUAGCGAAUAA